CCCGGAGGGUGGUGAACCUAUGGGGUGAACAGAUGACAGCCUUGGUCUGACUGUGUUUUGAGCCCAUCACAAUGGCUGAUCAGACGUCUCCAGAUUAUUUCAGCUGCUCCCUGUGUGUGAACCUACUGAGGGACCCUGUGGCUAUCCCCUGCGGCCACAGUUUCUGUAUGGACUGCAUCAGUGGCUACUGGAAUGAGGCUGACUACACAGGGAUUUACAUUUGUCCCCAGUGUAAGAUCACAUUCACCCAGAGGCCGGUUCUGCGGCCGAACGCCACUCUGAGCAUGGUGGCGGAGAAGAUCAAGAAGAGCGGCCUGAACCUCAACCUCAACUCGUCCCAGGGGAACAUCUACGCCGGACAAAAUGACGUCCCCUGCGACUUCUGCUCUGGGAAGAAACUAAAGGCUGUGAAGUCCUGUCUCAACUGUCUGGCGUCCUACUGCGAGAAGCACCUGAAGCCACACUACGAAUCAGCCACAUUCAAGAGGCACAAGCUGGUGGACGAGCUGGGAAACCUGGACAGGAAGAUCUGCCCGCAGCACCAGAAGUCCCUGGAGCUCUUCUGUCGAACAGAUCAGAUGUGUAUCUGUGCUAUCUGCACAGUCAGUGAACACAGGGGCCAUGACAUUGUCUCUGCUGAGGCAGAGAGGAGUGAGAAACAGAAACUCCUGGGAGUCUCCCAAGCUGAGAUUAGACAAAAAUGCCAGGAGAGGGUGAAGGAGCUGGAGGAACUGAAGACUGCUGUGGAUUCACUGAAGAACUCGGCCCAGAGAGCCAUGGUGGAGAGCCAGAAGAUGUUUGAGGACAUGAUCCGCUCCAUUGAGAGGAUGAGGUCAGAGGUGACCAAGCUGAUCGGUAUCAACGAGAAGGCUGCUUUCAACCAGGCCGAGGCUUUGAUCGAGAGACUGGAACAAGAGAUCGAUGAACUGAAGAAGAAGGAGUCCGGCCUCAAGCAGCUGUACAGCACUGAGGACCACAUCCACUUUUUGCAGAAUUUCAACUACCUCUGCACCCCCACUGAUGACGGCUUCAUACCCAGAGUGACGGUGAACCCUGACUUCUCCUUCGGGGCUGUCAGGAAAGCUGUGGCUGAGAUCAAGGACCGCCUCGAGGAGUUUGGCAGAGAGGAGCUGCUGAAGAUCUCCAAGUCAGUGAAUGAGGUCCCAGUGUACACUACAGAGAGUCGAACAUUGGACAGAAGGAGCAGAGGCAAAGAAGUGGUGGACAACACUCCUCCUCCAGAGCCAAAGAUCAGAGCAGAUUUUGUGAAAUACUUCUGCCAGCUGAAGUUGGACCCGAGCACAGCCUACAAGGAGCUGUACGUCUCUGAAAGCAGCAGAAAAGUCAUCCGCACCCGGGACCUGCAGCCCUACGGAGACAACCCGGAGAGGUUUGACAGCUUCGCCCAGGUGCUGUGCCGGGAGGCCCUGUCCGGAGGCCGCUUCUACUGGGAGAUCGAGUGGAACGGGGAGUUCUCCAUCGGAGUGGCCUACAAGAGCAUCAGCCGGAAGGGCAAAGGCUCCCUGUGUCUGCUGGGCUACAACGACAAAUCCUGGAGUCUGCUCUGCUCUGACACGGGCUACUCUGCCUGGCACAACCGGGUGGACAAACCCGUCAGCGGCCCCCACUCCCCCAGGAUAGGCGUGUACCUGGACCACUCUGCAGGCGUGCUGGCAUUUUAUGCCAUAGGCAGCAGCAUGAGCCUCCUGUACAGGUUUGAGACCACGUUCGUUGAGCCCCUCUAUCCAGGCUUUGGAGUCGGGACCUCAGUCAAGAUCUGCAAUGUCAAGUGAACACCCAUAUCUCAGUUCUCAUUUGAAUACUUUCCAUGCGUUUCUCAUAAUAUACAGCAAAGCUUUUGGAAUAUAUAUUUUCGGCUAAAUUUUCAAACUGUACCAAACCACAUUCAUGACGUUAAUUUUGAAGAAAAAUGUUCCCUGAAUGUAUAUAUACUUUUUUUUUUAACGCUACAUAUCACAUAUUGUGUUUUGCAUUGUGCUGUCAAAUCACAUAUUCAUGAUAGUUUUUUUAAGGCAUUAUUGAAAUACACAAUUACUACAUAAUCACACAAGUACAAUAUAAAGUAUUAUCACUUUUGGCAUCUGAUCAUAACUGCUUGAGAAUAUAUUAACAUGUCAGUACGUAAAAAUAUCAGUCUCAGUGAGCCGAACCUGUUCCUGUGAUCUAUUUUCACAUCACCUCACAGAGGGUGCGACAUAUCUCACCUGAUGAUGUAACUAUGAGUCAUAAUGAAUGUACAACUACCCAGAGGUACAUUUUUUUAUGGUCAGUCAUUACAUUGUUGGCCAACAUAAUUGCAUAAUCGAUUUAAAAUAUAUUGUACCCUUAUGAACAGUAUGAGUGACAUUGGUGCUUUAUGAUGUAUGAUUCUGAUUUCAACACAUUCACAAGAAUACUUCAUUGUCAUUUCAUUUUGUCAUGUUCUGAUAUUAUCUCAUAGUUGUUGUAUCAGUUGCUAAAAGUCCUUACAGUUGUUUUCACUUGAACUAACCCUUAUUUAAUUUGUAUGUAUGUUUGCUUAUAUAAUGGACAGCCAGAGUAUAAAUGAUAUCAAGAAAAUACUUGUUUUGUAACAAAAUUAUUCAUCCAUAGUUCUAAAUAAAGAGCUAAGUGAAUGGAUUUUUGUGUUUUUGAGAUUAUUUUUUUACUUCUACAUUAAAAUAUUUUUUUAAAAUAUGAAAAUGAAAAGGUCUUAUUGGAUUAGAAUUGUUAGGUCUGUAUGAUAAGGAUUUAAAUGAAAAGCUGAAAAGCAACUUGUUUGACUAUUUUGUUUGGGUUUUAACAAAGGCGAGGCCUAAAACAUUUCAUAAGCGCCUGUAUCAACAGAGAUAUCAUUUGAUCUUAGAAAAUAUUUAACUGGAAUGUGAACCUUUCGGUUUAUAAUCACAUGUAUCUGUGACUAACCAAACCACAUGCUCUUAAGCCAAUUACAGCACUAACACUACCUGAUUAUUGACAAUACUAACAGCUCCCUCUGUUGGUUGACCACAGGAACUAAACUGAAAUAAAAAUCUAAUUACCACUGUUA